AUGGACCUGUGCAUGCCACAAAAAUGUUCCCUGAGCAACCACAUCAUUGAUAUGAAGGACCACACAUCCAUCCAGAUGAAUGUGCCUGAGGUUGGCAAGUUUAAUGCACCCACUUUAAAUGCCCAGUUUAAAACCUAUGCUAUCUGUGAGGCCAUUCGAAGGAUGGGUGAGUCAGAUGAUUCUGUUCUCUGA